AGAUCAGUAAAUCAUCAGUGUUCUUACAAAUAACACAGAAAUAUUAUUCUGGGUUUUGUUGGUGUUUAUUAUUCAUGCACCUUGAUAACUUUGGACAUAAACAAGCACUCGAGUGAAACUAAAGAUUUAAGUCUCGAGUAUAGUUAAUAUUCAUAUGCCUGUUCAUUUUUUUGCAUUCAACCAUCACAGAUAUAUUGUUUUCUAUACAAAAGUUUUCGUUUUCUGGAUUUCUUUGGCUUUAAUAAUUUUCUCUUGGUCGAAUUAACCAAUCAGGUUGCGUUUAAUAGGUUUUAAAGUGCCUCGACAGCAAGUAAAGGGACAUAUGCGUGAGCGAAAAACCGAAGCUUUUACUUCAAACUUGUACAUAGUUAAAGGCAAUGAUUACUAGUAUCAUUUUGGCUUUAACUUUUUUCAAUUUGUUGAAAAACAUCGACACUAGCAGUGAUGAGAACUUACCAGACGAUUUUGCCGAGUUGUUUUUACAAGGUAUUCCGCUUUCAUCGAGACAUGUACGAAAGCGAACCGUUCCAGCCUACGUGAAGAAAUUAUUUGAAAUGGAGAAGCGACGCUCCUCUUUCUCGCAAAUUUCAUGUAUUUUCGGUGAAGAAAACAAAGCUUUACAAAAAGAAGCAAUGGCGUUCACUUUUCAGUUGAAAAGUGUAAAGAAUGUUAAAGAGGCUCGUCCCAUACAGCUGCGUGUAUUUAAAAGAAGAUCCAAGGAUCGAAAUCCACACGAUAUGUAUUUCAUACAUCUUUAUCAGUCACAUGAAUUCAUCAGCAAUGUUUCAUUCAUAACAAACAAAAGUUUAAGUACGCGCUUAAUUGGGUCACGUUUUGUGCGAAAUUCACGAGGCGAAUGGUUGACAUUUGAUGUAACUUCGGCUAUUCUGUCUAAGCUGGUUCGUCAAACUGAAAUCAACUUCUUUAUUGAAGUUAAGUCGGUCAAAUAUUUGUCGGAUUCAAAACCUAUUUCAAUUGCAAAAGGUGGUCGUAAACAACCAUUUAUGCUUAUUUAUUUUCCCUUACCUCUGCAAAAGUUGAGCAAGGCUGCUAUGGGAGGACACAUCAAGCAAAAUUCUAAUAAUUUUCCUUUACGUACUUCUACAUUAACACGUUUUCCUCGUUCACUAAGUAGUUCUCUAUGUUCACGCAAAUCAAUGACUAUUAAUUUUCAACAAUUGGGUUACUCCAGUAUUUUGCAUCCACAAACAUACAACGCUCACACUUGUGCUGGAAUAUGUCCUGCAUUUUCAGGAAGCAAACAUCAAAAAAUAUACAUAUUUCUACGAAAUCGUCACCUUGGAAAAGGCGGCUGCUGCAUCCCCACCGAGUUUGAGCCGUUAUCAAUAUUAUAUUACAGUGAACCAAAGAAAAUAACAAUUUCUCGUUUCCCAGGAAUGAUUGUAACCUCCUGUGGUUGUACAUAAUCUAAUUGCGUUUGUAUAUAAAUAGACAGGUUAUGAUACUAUAAAUUGUUGAGUUUAAAUUUCCACUUUAAGAAAUAUGUUAAUCUACUUGCCCCAAAGAAAAUCGUUGGUAAUUCAGUAUACAGUAUAACUUUAUUUUAAUAUAAUGUAGGGAAAGUGCCCGAGUUCGUUCUAUUUAAAUAGUAUGUUAUUUGUUAAAGUUUUCUCGGACACACGGUUAGAUUAAACCUUGAAUAAAUGGCUCAAGCUUAAAA